AUGUUAGCGCAUCGCGAUCAAGAGAAUUUGGUGCACAGCCACCAGCAAGGCCUGACAAAACAGCAGCCAAAAACACCGGGUGCUAGAUAUCCUAAGACGCCCGGCAACUUUGGACGAGGCGAUGAGAACGCUCUUAUUGCAUUUGCGGACAAGAGCGCCUUGGGUGGUGGUGCUAAACCGGGAGGGCAGGAUAGGUUGAUGACGGGCAAAUUGACGGGCCAACGUCAGACAAUGUUCACUCCGAUGAAUAACCGAGCUCGCGCGCCAUUGGGAAACAAGACGACAAAUGCGAAGGCGAGAACUGGCCGAACUGUUGGAGUCAAGGAUAUGGUUCGAGAAAUUGAAAAGACCCAAACGAAGCAAACCAGUGGACAAAGGCCCAAGCAAAGACCGGUCGAUCCUGCACCGAUCAAGUUGAACACCGAGCAUGACACACGUGGUGGUGCCGAUGACAAUGGGGUUCCGGAGCCGGAAUAUGCUCCACCGAGGCCGACUCCUCUGCCAUAUGAGUCUGAUGUGUUGCCUCCAGGUGGCCUGACAUUUAAUGGGUUGAAGAAAGGAAAUCUGCUAAAGGGGUAUUACCAACACUUCCACAACCCUAUUGAUGAAGAUGGAAUUUCUCGCGUGGAAAAGAAAUUCAACCAAGAGAUGGAGGCAGUACUGCAAAAGGCCGAGGAACGAAAUGCUCGAGAGGUCAAUGCCAUAGGUUGGAGCCCUGAGGAUAUUGAGGACAAUCACUUUGCAACGGCAGUUGCAAACGAUAGUGCCAAAGUAUUGGCCGAUUCCUCGUUGAGAAAAGCCAGAACUGCAAAUUUCCAAAAGCAGCCUGCCACUAUCUCGGCUCGACGAGCCGCCUCAGUGCUGGCAGUGCAUUCAGACAAGCAGAAUAGUCAUGUUAUACGUCCUGCUUCGAGCAUCUCUACAGCUCGGGGGCCUCUAUCAACAACAAUUCCAGGCACGCGGCCUGCCAGACCGGUCAUGUCCAAGCCAAGUUCCGCUGGAAACUCAACAGGCGAGGUUGCUUCACGAACCACCCUGGGAUACAACAAAGGGCGUUCUGCUUCCUUUAUGGUGCAUUCCCGCGGUAACAGCCAACCUAUCAGACAGAGACAACAGUCCAAGCCUGCGGCUCCAAGGGACGUUGAUUCCCAACUGACAAUUACGCCAGCCCGAAUCCAUCAAGCUACUUUAUCCAGUACGGAAUCAUCAAGACCACGAUUUAUGUCAAUCUUUGAUGACGAGAAUGAAGAGGGCUUGCCGCCGCUGCAAAAGCCAUUUGCACCGUCGGAUGACGAGGAAGAUGAAUUUGAAUUAAAGCUGACGAUUUGA